GGGCGCGCGAAUCAGUCGUGCCGCGAUCGUCGUCUUAAGCGGUCGGCGACACUUAACUGCCACAACCGUCCGCAUAGCGCGGUCGCUCUGUCAGACGGACCACAACACCAGCCUAAAUGAGUGGUGACGGUGAAUAUAUAUCCACCGGCUACAAUAUGAGAAACAACAGCAAACCUUCCUUUUGGGGGCAGAGGACGAAGCUGGAGAAGCGGUUGAUGCUGGCGGUGGCGGUAGUGGCGGUGCUGGCCGUGGCCUUCUUCGCUGCUUUCAUCGCCACUGUCAUGCUGAAGACAUCCACCGAUAUUAAUGAUGUGCCCCAGACAAGCGAGCUAAGGGUCUCCGAGACCCUCCCCCCGGCCGUCAUCGCUAAGAGCGACGAGAUUCAAGUCUGCAAGGAUCCUGACUGCAUUCACACUGCGUCCAAACUACUCCUCAACAUGGACGAAACCGCCGACCCUUGCGAUGACUUCUACGACUUUGCGUGUGGUUCCUUCGUGAAGAACACGAGGAUACCAGAUGACAAGACCUCGGUGAACACCUUCUCCAUCAUCACGGACCAGCUCCAGGAACAGAUAAGAUCACUUCUGGAUGCUCCCAUCACCCCUGAUGAACCCCGGCCAUUUGUACUCGCGAAGACUUUGUACCAGGCUUGCAUGAAUAGGACGGCCAUCGAGGCCCGCGGCAUCCAGCCGCUGCUGGACAUGCUGCGCCGGCUCGGCGGCUGGCCCGUGCUCGACGGGGACAACUGGGACGAGCGCUCCUUCUCGUGGGAGGACUCCGUGUACAAGUUCCGGCACGCCGGCUACUCGGUGGACUACUUCCUCGACUUCUCUAUCAGCGUGGACGUUAAGAACUCCACCAACCGCAUUAUCGAUCUGGACCAAGCGUCCCUCGGGCUGAGUCGCGAGUACCUGAACCGUGGCUUCAAGGACAAGCUGGUGCAGGCGUACUACGAGUACAUGGUGGACAUCGCGGCACUGCUCGGCGCGGACCGCGCGCGCGCCGAGGUCGAGCUCAAGGACUCGCUGCAGUUCGAGAUCAAACUCGCCAAUAUCUCUCUGCCGUUGGAGAAGCGCCGUAACGCCACCAGCCUCUACAACCCCAUGACCAUCGCUGAGCUUCAACAAAAGUUCCCCAAGAUCCCCUGGCUGACGUACGUGAACCGUCUCCUGGCUCCUCACAUCCAGGUCGGUCUGGAGGAGAUUGCCAUCGUCAAUGUGCCCAAAUACUUCUCUGACCUUGAGGUGCUGCUCGAGAAAACACCGAAGCGCGUGCAAGCGAACUACGUGAUGUGGCGCGUGGCCGGCGCGUCCGUGUCCUACCUCACGGAGCAGCUGCGGCGCCGCCAGCUCGCCUACGUCACCGCGCUCUCCGGCAAGACCGAGCGCGAGAGCCGCUGGAAGGAGUGCGCCGACACCACCAGCGCCAGUAUGUCAAUCGCUGUGGGAGCUCUUUACAUCCGAAAGUACUUCAACGAAAAUUCUAAAGCCAAAGCUUUGGAGAUGGUAGAUGACAUAAGGCAGCAGUUCAGCAAGACGCUGUCGGAAGUGGAGUGGAUGGACAGCAUGACGCGGCAGGCCGCGCUCGACAAGGCGCAGGCGAUGGCCGCGCACAUCGCUUACCCCAACGAGCUGCUCGACAACCAGAAGCUCACCGAAUUCUACUCGGGGCUGGAGAUGUCGACCGACAAGCUGAUGGAGUCGGUGCUGAACCUCACGCUGUUUGGCACCGAGUACCUGUUCAGCAAGCUGCGCGAGCCGGUCAACAAGACGGACUGGGUCACGCACGGCAGGCCGGCGAUCGUCAACGCGUUCUACUCGUCCAUCGAGAACAGCAUCCAAUUCCCCGCGGGCAUCCUGCAAGGGACGUUCUUCUCGGCCAAGCGUCCCGCCUACAUGAACUACGGCGCUAUCGGUUUCGUCAUUGGACACGAGAUCACGCACGGGUUCGAUGACCAGGGUCGUCAAUUCGACAAGAACGGCAACCUGGUGGACUGGUGGCAGGAGAUGACGAAGCAGAAGUACCUGGAGAAGGCCAAGUGCAUCAUCGACCAGUACUCCAACUACACUGUUAAAGAAGUGGGCAUGAAGCUGAACGGGGUGAACACGCAAGGCGAGAACAUCGCGGACAACGGCGGCAUCAAGGAGGCGUACUACGCGUACGCGGCCUGGACGCGCCGCCACGGGGACGAGCCGCGCCUGCCCGGCCUCGAGAAGUACUCGCCCAGACAGAUGUUCUGGCUGAGCGCGGCGAACACGUGGUGCUCGGUGUACCGCAACGAGGCGAUCAAGAUGCGCAUCACGACCGGCUUCCACGCGCCGGGCCGCUUCCGCGUGCGCGGCCCACUCUCCAACAUGGACGAGUUCGCCGCCGACUUCGCCUGCCCCCCGCACGCGCCCAUGAACCCCCCCGCCAAGUGCAAGGUGUGGUAGGUGCCUCACCCUCGGCCACCCUGGGCCACCCUAGGGGAGAGGGGGGGGGGACAUGUGCCAUCCCGCUUGCUGCCGUGUGCUGGGAGAGGCGCACACACUCAACAAGGGGGGGGACAUUGGUACAUACUCUUUGGGAGUCAGUAAGCUAUUUUAUACACGCUGAACUUGGCAAACGACGACCACACCCCGUACACUAGACCAGAUGAGUGUAAAGUACUCAGCAGGUGCCACCAGGUACUGCACACACUUACAAGUUGUGGUGUUUACACCUUGUGCGCUUCAUAAAAGUGCAGGGUGGAAUAACCACACAUUGAAUAACACCCCGAGGUGUAGGUACACUUACAUGUUUGUGAAGCUUCCCCCCUCCACUCCCCUUUAGUACAUCUGUUUACAGCACACACUGCAGUGGAUAUGUCUUAUUUAUAUGAUGUGGAUUUUUGUUAAUGACAUUUUUUUAUUAAUUCCUGUAGAAGAUGCAUCAAAUGUUUGCGCCAAUACGAUAUUUCUCAAAUUUAAUGUUAUUCUUUUAAAAAUGCGUUGAUGUUGUUUUUGAAUGACAAGUGCGUCAAUUAAGCUACUUAUAUCCCUUUUAGUUGAUUUGUCCCUUCACACCUCGACGGUUACGGAUCUGAAAUUUGUACUCAGGAUUUAUAUAAUAUUGUAUUUUUAUAAAUUAUUUACAAAACUCUAAUGUUUAUUUUUGAUACGUUAAGUUUAUUUUUUAUUUAAAUGUUAAUUUAAGCGGUUGCCCGUAGCGACGACAAUACAUGUUCUUGACUCGUGAUUAUCCAGCGCUUAGGUUUAGGUCUGAACUCUGUUUAAUAUAUAAUCAACUGUUAGUAUCUGUCAUGUUAAACGCCGUUUAAUCUAGUACCAUUGGUUAAUUAAACCAGCACUCGAAUGAUCAUAUUUUUCAUCGAAAAUAUAAAGUCCCGAUCUAGACCUAGGUUCUCUAUAACUAAACUAAUCAUCGACGCGUAAAGAACAUGUAUGGAAAUGAAUUUAUCCACCUUGUAUUAUAUUGACAAUUGAUUUCAUGUUUAGAUUCGUCCGAUACAUUCUAUUCAAUUAAUAUUGGUUCAAUAAAUAAAAAAAGAAUGUGAUGUCUUUUACCUUUAUAUUCUGUACUAUUAAAUUUAGUUAUUAUUAUAACUAAAUCCGUUAUAAUAUAAUUGUAGACUCGAAUGUAAGCAGGGAACGGUUGCAGUGCGCACCAGGCGCGCGAGGCGCGGCUCGCAUUCAUGUAUUGAUGUUGUUUUAGCACUUUUGUCUUACGAUUGUAUUUAGCUCGGUGAGAUUUUAGACUGACGAUGGAAAUUCGACGGGUAUAGUUAUGUUAACACUUGUUAUUGCAAGUACAAAUGAGUUCUUUCCCACUGUGGAAUUAUUAAUUUGGUAAUUAUUUUGGGGUUUUCACGCGGUUUCAUAGAUUGUUUUACACGCCGCGCGCUGUUUUUCUUUUAUAUACGUGAUAUGUGUUGUGUGAAGUUACUUUCGAAAGCUUCGCCAGUGUUUUCACUUUACUAUUUAGCGUCUCUUUCACACGUUGUAACGUAUUCCACGGAAGAACAGGACACCUUUCUCGUUGUUUCUCCCAGCAGUCGAAUUUUGAUGUUACUUAAGCUUAGGGUUAAUGUGUAUUGUAGUAAGGUAUAAUAUUGUAUGUCCAUAUAUUUACCGCGUAGAGCAAACUCGGCAAGAACUCCCGCUAUCGGUAAAUAUAUGAAUUCAAUUAGAUAGGCUAGUAGCUAGAUAUUUAUUACGUUAGGCCGCUAAGAACGCUGUUCUAAGUUGUGACUCAAAACGCUUCACUUUCUCGCAAUUUACAAUUUCUACUCAAUAUACACUGUUCGAAGAAUUUAAAGUUUCUGUGUAUUUAAAUAUUCGUAUCAAAAUAUUCGACAACCUUUAAAACAAUAGAUAAUAAAUAUGAAAAUAAUAAUAUUGCAAAUAACGUUAUGCCACAUUUAUACAGUAGUAUUUAACAUUUGUAUUCAGUAUAAAUAUAAAGAAACCCGAAUAUUGGGUUAAUACAAGAUGAAUAUAUAAAUACACAUUUUCAGAAUAGCCUUAUUGUCGGUUCACUGAGUUGCAAGCCUCACAACUAUUAUCAUCACAACACUGUUUGUUUGUGUAUAUUUAAGGAUAUAUUUAGAAGUUUCACAUGUUCAAUUGUCGUUACUUAACUGCGUUGAACAACAAAGGGCAAAGUAUUAUAAGAAGGGAUGUAUUUAUGAAAUAUACAAAAUUAAUUUGACGAAUAGUCCAUCCUGCCCCAAGUAUUUUAAAGUUAAGUCCAAGGCCCCAAACAUGUAAGUGUACUCCCGAUUUCACUCAGAUUAUGGAGAUCAUUCAGAUACGUCCUGACACAUUCUCAACCAAAAGAUCGACAAAUAUCUCCACACUAUUUUGUGCAGAUACAUUCAAAAUAAAAAAAUAAGUCUGGGCUAUAUUCGUGAGUACACUCUACGUACGGAAAUUGUUCAUUUUAUGGGUAAAUACUGUGUUACCGACACUCGCUAAACAAUACUUCUAUCCUUUAUAUGAACUUAAAUAGCUCGAUUUGAUCUCUAUUGCAGUUUGUCAUUAUACAAAACGUUUAGCGGGUCGGUAGUUUCGGUGCCGCGGCAUUGCCUCACAAGCUAAUAACAGUGAUAUGUUCUAGAAUAAGCAGAUAGCUUUAGUGAGCACUUUGUUGUGAAACAUGGAUACACCGAAUACAGAAUAAAUUUAUAA